CGUGAUUCUCACUCAAGCAAGAACCCAUCUCCUCGUCCGCCAUCUCCCUUUCUCUCCUCUCGUCUCUUCUCUUCUCUUCUCUUCUCUUCUCUCCUCUCCUCUCCUCGUGUCGUCACUUCUCUGCUCCGCCCUGCUCUCUGGACGAGCACAGGAGGCGGACCCCGAGUUUUUAGCAGGCCAUUCGGGAUUGAUUGAUUGACUGACGGAGGGAGGGAUUGAUUGAGUGAGAGUGUGAGGUAGCCACACCCGGGACUCGGCACGGAGAGGGCGGGGGAUUGUGCCGGGGGUUUUGGCGGUGCGAGCAGCGGGGCGCGGAGAAUUGCAGUUCCUGGCCGCAGCAAUAAGCAGACAUGUCUGCGUCGUCGGUGGCAUUGCAGUGCCGACUGGAUUUGCUCGUGUGUGGAAGUGUGGGGGGCCGAGAUGCAGGGGCGGUUGCCUCUCGUCUCGACGGUUUGAAGAGCAGCAGGGCUUUUAGGCGCAGAGCUUUGAUUCUGAAAGCAGGGCCUCAAAUUUACGGGCAGCCAUGGAGUCCUUUGCGCCGGGCGAAUUUCUCCGCCAGGGCGCACUUAGGGCACAUUCCCGGGGCGGACGACAUUCACGCGCACCUGGCAGUUCUGACGCAGUCGUCCGAGGUCGCGCAAGCCAUGCUUACCAAAGCCGAGGGCGCUUUUUUUAUGCUCGCAGACGCGGCGGUUAAUUCAGACGCGGCCUCGACCACGGAAGUCGUCGGCAGGCAAAGCGGUGGAUGGUUAGGAGGAGUCACGGAUUCCCUCGAGUUUUUUCUUAAAAUUUUAAAGAAUGGCCUGGAGAGUGUUCAUGUCCCUUACUCGUAUGGAUUCGCGAUUAUUCUUCUCACCAUCCUGGUCAAAGCAGCGACUCUGCCUCUUACCAAGGCCCAGGUUGAAUCCACCAUUAACAUGCAAAAUUUACAGCCCAAGCUGAAGGCAAUCCAGACUCGAUACCAAGGUGAUCAGGAGCGCAUCCAACUCGAGACCGCUCGGCUCUACAAGCAGGCUGGCGUGAACCCUCUGGCAGGAUGUUUGCCCACUCUUGCUACCCUGCCAGUUUGGAUUGGGCUUUACAGGGCUCUUUCGAAUGUGGCCAACGAGGGUCUUCUUACCGAGGGUUUCUUCUGGAUUCCGUCUCUAGCAGGACCUACUACCAUAGUGGCGAGAGCAGCUGGCAGCGGGAUUUCAUGGCUUUUCCCAUUCGAGAACGGCGCCCCACCUCUGGGAUGGGGCGACACCGCCGCGUAUUUGGUGCUGCCGGUCCUGCUUGUAAUUUCUCAAUUCGUCUCCAUGCAGAUUAUGCAGCCCCCUCAGUCCACUGACCCCAGUCAGAAAAAUACGCAACUCAUUCUGAAGUUCCUCCCACUCAUGAUUGGUUAUUUUUCAUUGUCUGUACCCUCAGGAUUGAGUUUAUACUGGUUGACGAACAACAUUCUUAGUACUGCCCAGCAGGUGUGGUUGAGGAAACCCAAGACCAAUGCACUCGAUACCAAUGCCACCAUUAUCAGCGCUGGCCAGGCCAAGCGUUCAACUCCCGCAGCCCCUCCUGCAGCAACGAGCUUACCAGAAUCGUCUGCUGCCACCACCACCGCGAAGGAGGACAGGCGUGGCGAGAAAUUUAGGGAGCUGAAGAUGCAGGAAGCCAGGAGGAAAGGAAAGAAGGGGGAGUCCACCGUCACGAAAGCUCAGUCUGUAGAAACCAACGGUUCGGCAGCUGCGGACGAUUCUAGUGACGACGAAGACCAAGAGGAGGGUGUUAUAGACGUUUCUGCUGGAAAGGAUGCUGUCGAGGUAGGUGGAAAGAGAAGCAAACGAUCAAAAAGGAGGCGCUCUGACUAAAUGAUUAUGAAAUUCAAAUGGUGCCGGUAGGCACCAUUGCGCAAUGUGUAUCUAUAGAUAUCUGUUAGAACCUCCCUUGAAGCAUCUUUGCUGAUCAUGGAAAUGAUAUCUGAGGUUUCAGAUGAUGUAAAGACAAAGAUCUUCUGUAUACAAGUUGCAGGUGAGAGGUAGAGGACUUAGCUUCAACUUUGUGCCAAUUUUGUAUGAUUAUUUCGCAUUUAAAUCUGAUAGUUGGGCGCCUGAUACGCGAGCGCUUCUUGAAGUAGGCCUUAUAGAAGCUGUUUUUGUUUCAUUCUCAAUUUUGAAGCAAAACUGGUUGGGGACCUUCGUCUCAUGCGCACGCGAGGUAACGGAGUCUGCUCCACCUCUGGCUUCCCUCCUUGCUAGCACGUAGGCUUGUUGUAAAGUAUGCCUGUGCCCAUUAUAUCUGCCAGUUGUUCAUUGCCACUGCAGAGUGCAUUUUUUAGUAUGGAUGGAUGGGCACAAGAUCUACCCAUAUUCAUAUCACUCCCCUCGCACUCGGUGAGUUUUGGUCAAACCAAAUUUAAGCGCCAACUCUGUGUCUGAAAUUCUCAUUUAGACGAGGAAUCAAUGGUGUCUCGUCUUCAACACACUCUUGCUUCUCGGGGAUAGCUGAUUCGCUAAAUCUUAGUUGCUGUUUCCGCAUUCGAAUUCUGUACAUCGGACGAUAUUCAGAGUGUUCGAAGCCCUGAUUUGUGGAGCUGUUCAUUUUAGGAUUAAGAGUCGGAUGUUUUGUAGUUGAGAAUCACUGUAGGAAUGUGUUUAAGAACGAUGUAUUUUACCAGUCUAUCGAAAGUAAGAAUUUCUUUCUCACUGUUUCUUGUGUACCAGUGAUUUUCCUGGAAUGAAGUUGUUUACCUGGCA